AUACAAGAUAUUACUAUGGAGUUACACUGCCCACUGUGUAAUGAUUGGUUUCGUGAUCCACUGAUGCUAAGCUGUGGCCACAACUUCUGUCAGUCUUGUAUCCAAAACUUUUGGAAACAGCAAGCAAAAGAAACAUUCUGUCCUGAGUGUAAGAUGCUAUGUCAAUACAGCAACUGUACAUUUAACCUUGUACUGGGGAAGCUGGUAGAGAAGAUUAAGAAGCUACCCCUACUCAAGGGCCAUCCGCAGUGCCCAGAGCAUGGAGAGAACCUGAAACUGUUCAGUAAGCCAGAUGGGAAACUGAUAUGCUUUCAAUGCAAAGAUGCUCGGCUGUCUGUGGGGCAGUCUAAAGAAUUCCUGCAGAUCCCUGAUGCUGUCCGUUUCUUCACGGAGGAGCUUACCAUCCAUCAGGGUCAACUGGAGGCAACCCUGGAGGAGCUUCAGUCCCUGAGGAACAUGCAGAAAGAUGCUAUUGCUGCUCACAAGGAAAACAAGCUACAUCUGCAGCAACACAUCUCCUUGGAGUUUCUAAAGCUGCAUCAGUUCCUGCACAGCAAAGAAAAGGACAUUUUAAGCGAGCUCCGAGAAGAGGGGAAAGCCUUGAAUGAGGAGAUGGAACUGAAUCUGAGCCACAUUCAGGAACAGUGUCUCCUGGCCAAGGAGAUGUUGGUGAGCAUACAGGCACGGAUGGAACAGCAGAACUCCUUCGACUUUCUCAAAGACAUCACACCUCUCUUGGAUAGCUUGGAGCAGGGAAUGAGGGUGCUGACACCCAGAGAGCUUAUCUCCAGAAAGCUGAACCCAGGCCUCUUCAAAGGUCCCAUCCAGUACAUGAUGUGGAGGGAAAUGCAGUCCACUCUCUCUCCAGGCCUAUCUCCAUUAACUCUGGACCCGAAAACUGCUCACCCAAAUCUAGUGCUCUCCAAAAACCGAACCAGUGUGUGGCACGGUGACAUUAAGCAGGUAAUGCCUGAUGAUCCAGAGAGGUUUGACUCAAGUGUGGCUGUGCUGGGCUCAAAAGGCUUCACAUCUGGAAGAUGGUACUGGGAAGUAGAAGUAGCAAAGAAGACUAAAUGGACGGUUGGAGUCGUCAGAGAAUCCAUCCUUCGGAAGGGCAGCUGUCCUCUAACUCCUGAGCAAGGAUUCUGGCUUAUAAGACUAAGGAACCAAACUGAUCUAAAGGCUCUGGAUUUGCCUUCUUGCAGUCUGAAACUGACCACCAACCUCAACAAGCUGGGCGUAUACCUGGAUUAUGAGGGAGGGCAGGUGUCCUUCUACAAUGCUAAAACUAUGACCCACAUUUACACCUUCAGUAGUACUUUCAUGGAGAAACUUUAUCCCUACUUCUGCCCUUGCCUGAAUGAUGGUGGCGAGAAUAAAGAACCAUUGCAUAUCUUACAUCCACAGUAA